GUGUUAGAUCUUUCAUCGAUCAAAGUCAGUGCUCUUAUUAAUCUCGUCGGUGAGAGUCAAAAAGACCUGGGAGCGAGGUUGUGUUCUUUAUAUUUUUUUAGAAAACAAACACUUCACUUUAAAAGCAUCGUGUGCAUAAACUAAAUAAUAUGUAGUUGCCAGGUAACAUUUUUUUAGUAUAUUCGAAACACGUGUUUUUGUUACAUCUCGUUGUAUUUGCCAACUGGAUACGCGAGUUAGAGCGUUGUCAUAACAACAUGACUUUUUAUGGGGUUUUUUAUGCACAUGUAGAGACAGUGUAAGAAUGAAAGCAAUUGGGAAGUAUUUUCUAUUAUUUUUACUUAUUGUAAUUUUUAUUACCUUUCUACGCUUUAUACUUGAUUUGAAAUCUCUGUUAAAUGUACCCAGUAAAACCGAAUCAGCUUUACUACAUGGAACACCCCAUCUCGCUCUAGUGGUUGGGGUUUUAAGCAAGUUGACUGCACGAAAUAGAAGAGAUUCAGUCCGUCUGACGUGGUUUCAAAGUUGCCGGCGACAUUCAACCGUCGUGUGUCGGUUUUUCACAGAUACCAUCGAAGAUAUUGCACUUGAAGAAAAAAGACGUUAUGUCAACGAAUCAAACACUCACAACGAUUUAAUUUUUAUGCCGUAUAAAGGUGGUCACAAUUUUGCGUUACGACUUGUAUGGAUGCUUCAAUGGUAUAUGAAGAAAUUCCACUUCGAUUACUUUCUCCGAAUUGAUGAUGAUUAUUUUUUGUGUUUGGACAGGUUACUGUUCGAACUACCUCAACGAAAAUAUCAAGCAUUAUAUUGGGGGUACAUACAUUGUACAGAACACGUGAUACGAGUGGAUGAGGGCUGGAUGAUCUUAUCACGUGAUAUAAUUAAAGAAGCCUUGAGUAAAUUCAACACAACUUUACAAUGUCAUCCGUUUGGAGAUCAAGCAGUUGCAUUGUGGGUACAAGAUAGCAAGCUAAAUAUAACUUAUUUUUCUGAUAACUCUCGGGUGAUACACGCUGCCACAGCUUAUCAAAGCGAAAAUUUCUUAAAUACGAAUAUUUGUAAAAAAUACUUAGCUCUGCACGGCUCGUAUCCCACCCUUAUGAUGAAAUAUUGGAUUAUUUCGCAAGAAUUCAAUCCAAAACAAACUGUCUACGAAAUUCCAGAUAUAAUUCCGUUUGAUCAAGUUUGCAAGUUUAAAAAGGAAAUCGAUUGGAGGUGGUUUUGGCCUCAUGUGCGCUUUGAACCUAGACCUUGUAAAGACAAUCCGAAAUGGGAUAUCACCGACCAAGCUUUUAUAGGUCGUCAAGAUAAGGGCGAGGAAGCAAUAUACUGACGACAUUGUUGACUUUCAUGAACUGUCAUUGUACACUUAAGUGGAGGUUAGGUUCAAUUUGGUACACAUGUUUUUUAUAGUGAUAAAUUGCGGUGAUAUCUAUAGACCACUGUCCGCGUGA